CCGGGUGAAGCUGAUCUCGGUGAUAGACCCCAGCAGAAUAACGCCUUAUCUCCGCCAGUGCAAAGUGAUUAACCAUGAUGACGAAGAGCAAGUGCUUAACGACCCCAGCCUGGUCGUCCGGAAACGGAAAGUAGGAUCAGGACAUCUGUGCCAGAAGUGGGGCCCACCUAACCAUCGCCUCUUCUUGAAUUUGAGACCAAAGCUGCCCAGAGUUAUAGGAACUGCUGUUUCAUUCAAGCCUGCCUGCUGCUCCUCCUCCUCCCCCCUAGCUUUCAGCAAGGGAUUGCUUCUCUUGCAGCUCCUGCUGUUUGCAACACUAAAGUAGGAGCUGGGGCCUAGGGGCAAACUCUGCAGCCGUUGCUCAGUUACAUUGCCCCUUAAAGCCAGUGAGAGAAUUGCCUGGGCCAGGCCUGCAGGGUUUGACAUCAAGGACUCUUGUCUGCUCCUGCUUACAGAGGAACGUGUCCUCCUGGAUAUACUUCAGAGAACAGGCCAGAAAGGUUUUGAGGCCUUUCUUGAGAGCCUAGAGCUUUACUACCCACAGUUAUAUAUGAAAGUAACCGGCAAGGAGCCCAGCAGGGUCUUUUCGAUGAUUAUAGACACCGCGGGGGAAUCGGGCCUGAGCCAGCUCUUGAUGAACGAGAUCAUGAAGCUGCAGAGUGCCGUGCAGGAGGAGAGGAGGAAGGCCCAGGAGCUCAAUAUGUGGCUCCAUGCCAAGGAGGAUGCGAUCAAGGAGAUGCGGGUGAGGGACAGCGUGCUGCGGAAGCACCAGGAGAGGGCCCAGAAGAUGAAGGAGGAGAGGGACAACUUGGCCAAGGAGCUGCGGAAAUGUAAGGAUGAGAACUACGACCUGGCCAUGAGCUACGCCAAGCAGAGCGAGGAGAAGAACACGGCCCUGAUGAAGAACCGGGAUCUGCAGCUAGAGAUUGACCAUCUGAGGCACAGCUUGAUGAAGGCAGAGGACGACUGUAAACUGGAGAGGAAGCACACGAUGAAACUGAAGCAUGCCAUUGAGCAGCGGCCGAGCCACGAAGCAGUUUGGGAGAUCCAGCGGGAGAAGGAGCUGCUGUUGGCCAAGAAUCAAGAGCUAGAGAACACGCUCCAGGUCGCCAAGGAAGGGAACUUCCUGGAGAAGAACAGCCUCUACGUCCAGGCUCUGGAGGCUGAUCGGAGACGGACGCUGGGGGAGCAUCAGGAGCUGGUGAACACCAUCUACAGCCUGCGCAAGGCACUCCGGCAAGCAGAGGAUCUCCGGGACAAACACGCGGAGGAGAAGGAGGUGCUGGAGCUGCAGUGCAUGUCCCUGAGAAAGGACUCCUGGAUGUACAAGGAUCGCAUCGAGGCCAUCUUGAAGCAGAUAGAAGAAGUGGCUGCAGAAAGAGAUCAGGCGCUGCUGACCCGAGAACAGUUCCACAUGCAAUACUCCAAGAGCCUGGUCGACAAAGACACAUACCGCAAAGAGAUCCGGGAGCUGGGGGAGAGGUGUGAUGACAUGCAGCUACAGCUAUUCCAGAAGGAGGGCCAGUUACUAGCUGCUGAGGCCAAGCUGAAAAAGUUGCACCUGGAGCCACCCACGCUGACUUCCGACCUAGAUGACGCCUCGCCCAGGAGUUCCCAAGAGCUCUCUUUCCAUGGAAACCUAGAUGAGGACACACAGCUGUCUGAUAAAAAAAAUCUCCCUGAAGAUCAGGAUCAGCAGUUCAGUGCGUUAGAGAGCAUUCAGUGCCUGCAGUCGGCAAACAAGGGUGGCCCACCCAACGGAGAGCUGGCUGAGAAGGAGCGGCGGCGGAUGAAGGACAGCUUUGAACACUAUCGGAGGAAGAGGGCAUUGCGAAGGGUUCAGAAGGGCAGACACCAUGAAGUGGAUUGGGAAAACAACACCGGUAGUGACAACACGGAUACUGAAGGCUUGUAAUAGCAUCAGCCCAACUGCAACGGAAAUUAGAAAAAGUUUGCUGGGGGCGUAGUGCAAGAAUCUUCCCUUCUGCCCAUCCAAGCUGAUUGAGGUUUAAAACUUCUUCUAAACAACCACCGUGAACAUUUACCAAGUCAGUUGCACUGGACUGGGAUGCAGGAGAUCUGGACUAUAUUUCUGCCUCUGCCAUAGCAAUCCUAUGCAACCUUGGCCUAGUCACCUAACCAGUUGACAUCUGUGAUUCAGAACCCUAAUUCUUUUAUAUAUUUAAUGGGGAUGAUGAUGUCCUUCCAGAAGUGGUAUGAGUCUAAAUGAAUUAAACUCCAAUUGCUGUAGCAGAAAUCCUUACAAUCAUGGUGCUAUGUUAAUGCAUUGUAGUGUUCUGUGCAAAAAAACAGUCCAAGUAAAAAAAAAUUCCCUUUAUUUGCAUCAAAAAUGGGCUUAAGCAGAGUGCUAAAAAUGUAAGGUAUGCUAAAAGUUGUUGCUAUGGCAACAGCACACAACGGCAUAUGAAAAACCCUUUGUGUCCAUAUCCAACCUACUAGCUUAAGAAAAUCUUUCUUAUGAUUUCCAGAAAAAUAACUGAGGGAGAAUAUAAUGCCUCAAUUCCACAGUUGCUAACCCUAUCAGUUAAAUAACAAGCCAUCCCCUGCUCACCACCGAACAAAAUCGUGAGACUUUAAUAAAGGGUGGAUUCCUUUUAUUUUA